CCGCUGACUGCAGCUCUGUAGGCAUCCCGAAUGGGCUCUCCCCUCCGGGGACUGCCCCGCCAGCGCCCCAUUUGGGCUGCCUCGACUUGGUCCUGCUGUGCUUUGUCAGGGGUUAACCCCCUGGGUUCUGGCCGCAUUGUCCCGCCGAGUGGCCCAAGGCUGGGAAGGGCUGUGCUUUGGGCGGGCCCCUGCUGUCCCUGCCCCCUUCUACCCUGUGGUGAGUCACUGCCCCAGUGCACAGAGGCAGCCCUGUCUGAGAAAAGCACUCCCAGAUCGCCAAGGAGCAGGAAGAGUCAGUCCUAAAGGCCACUUCCCGGUGUUCCAGAACAGAGGCACUCCCAAAUGCCUGGAAAUUCCUCCCUGGCUCCCCGGGCUUUCCACAGAGAUUCGUGAACAGCCUUUCAUCUCCAGCCGGCAAGAAAGAUGUGGAAGGCUUCGGCAGGCCACGCCGUGUCCAUCACCCAGGACGACGGGGGCGCCGAUGACUGGGAGACCGACCCUGACUUCGUGAACGAUGUGAGCGAGAAAGAGCAGAGAUGGGGGGCCAAAACCGUGAAGGGGUCUGGGCACCAGGAACACAUCAACAUACACAAGCUGAGAGAGAAUGUUUUUCAAGAACACCAGAGCCUCAAGGAGAAGGAACUUGAAACAGGACCAAAAGCGUCUCAUGGUUACGGAGGGAAGUUCGGCGUGGAACAGGACAGGAUGGACAAGUCAGCUGUCGGCCACGAGUACCAGUCGAAGCUCUCCAAGCACUGUUCCCAGGUGGACUCCGUCCGGGGCUUCGGAGGCAAGUUUGGUGUCCAGGUGGACAGAGUUGACCAGUCCGCUGUAGGCUUCGAAUACCAGGGAAAGACCGAGAAACACGCCUCACAGAGAGACUACUCGAGCGGCUUCGGCGGCAAGUACGGCGUGCAGGCCGACCGCGUGGACAAGAGCGCCGUGGGCUUCGACUACCAGGGCAAGACGGAGAAGCACGAGUCGCAGAAAGAUUACUCCAAGGGCUUCGGCGGCAAGUAUGGCAUCGACAAGGACAAGGUGGACAAGAGCGCCGUGGGCUUCGAAUACCAGGGCAAGACGGAGAAGCACGAGUCGCAGAAAGACUACGUGAAAGGGUUUGGAGGAAAGUUCGGCGUACAGACAGACAGACAAGACAAGUGUGCUCUUGGCUGGGAUCACCAGGAGAAGUUACAGCUGCACGAAUCCCAAAAAGAGAUGCACUCUCGUGUCUGCGGUGCGGACUACUCCAAAGGAUUCGGCGGGAAAUAUGGGGUGCAGAAGGAUCGGAUGGAUAAGAACGCUUCCACGUUCGAGGAUGUUGCCCAGGUGGCCCCUGCUUAUCAGAAGACUGUCCCCGUCGAGGCAGCGAACAGCAGAACAAGCAACAUUAGAGCCAACUUUGAAAACCUGGCAAAGGAGAAGGAGCAGGAGGACAGGCGGAAGGCGGAAGCAGAGAAGGCCCAGAGGAUGGCCAAGGAGAGACAGGAGCAGGAGGAGGCCCGGAGGCAGCUGCACGAGCAAGCCCAAGCCCAGAAGCCAACGCCCCCGGCCUCCCCGACUCCUCAGCCGGCUCAGGAGAGGCCGCCCCCAAGCCCCGUCUACGAGGAUGCAGCUGCAUUCAAGGCCGAGCCCGAGCCGGUGUACAGCACAGAAGCGGCCGACUACCAAGAGGCUGGCAGCCAGCAGGGCCUGGCCUAUGCCUCGGACGCCGUCUAUGAGGCCGCAGAGGCCCCCGACCACUAUCAAGCAGAGGAAAACACCUACGACGAAUACGAAAAUGACCUUGGGAUCACAGCCGUCGCCCUGUACGACUACCAGGCCGCGGGUGAUGACGAAAUCUCCUUCGACCCCGACGACAUCAUCACCAACAUAGAGAUGAUCGACGACGGCUGGUGGCGCGGGCUGUGCAAGGGCAGGUAUGGGCUCUUCCCGGCCAACUACGUGGAGCUGCGGCCGUAGGCGCCGGCGGGAGGCCGCCGUGCGUGCUGCUCUUACAAGGGAUACGUCCGCUGACGCUUCGGGAGAUGCUCACGCCGCAGAAUUUGCUAACGUAGUCCCGCUCCUUAGGAGGACUCGGGUAACCCAUUUUACGCAUUUAAGGCAUUUUCUUUAUUUCUGCCAAAUUGGCAUGUGCAGCCACUUCAGGGACCCCCCACUGUCCUGCGUGCAUGCCGGCCUCGCCAUCGGCAGCGGUCGGGACCCCGACGCGUGCUGCCUGUGCCGGGACCGGCCGUGCGGUGUUGGGCGGGAGUCGCUGUCCCCGGCAGAGGGAGGCCGGACGGGGGGUUAGGACUGAGGGCAGGGGUGCAGCGGGUGGCCACUUUAGCUCCGGGUGGGAGUGCUUUCCUGUUUGCCCAGACUCGCUCUCCCCUCCCUCCCUUGGCCCUCCCCUGACGCCUGAGGCCAGGAGGACCACUCCUGUCCCCGCUCCUGCCCCCGAAGCAGCGUCACCCGGGGCCGUGCACACUGCCCUCCCCGGCGCGGCCCGGGCCCUGGGUGUGCUGGGUAGGAAGACGGCCGUCCGCCGCGGGAAGGCAGGCGCCCUCCGUGUCGUAAACCGCCAGAAAUGUUCUUCCCAUCAAGGCACUUGUGUUCUUCGUGCCAAAAUACCAUGUCACGGGACAGGCAAAUGCCAUCAAUUGACUUGGCUAAUAGGGAAAUAGAGAGUGCGUUCUCCCACCCAGGACGCUCCCCAUGGACACCGCACGGGAGCGCGUCACCUUCCUGAGCCGGGGAGGCCAGGUCAGCGCCGGCCGGCAACGGUCUGGAGCAGUGUCUUUCCGGAACAUUCUGUUGAGUUGUCCCAGCUGUUCAGGACGUGAGCGUCUACUUCCUGAAGUGCGUUUCUGCAUAACCCUUGGCUUUACCACAGUUAGGUCGGGUUUUAUAUGCAAUUACGGUAUCUAAGUUUCUGUAGCACAUAUCAUAGGUAUGAUUUUUUUUAAUUAAAUAUGCAGAAUAAACUUUUUUUGAUCCA